AUGCGUAUAGUCUGGGCUGCCCACCGCGACUACUUUUGCGCUCGAUGGAAACGCGGCUGUUCGAGAAGUCAAAGAAGACUCAUGCUGGACGACAUGAUCACCUUGGAUCAUCUCUCAACGCCACAAUCGGUAUAUCCAAUAUUGAGAGGGUGGGUGUUUCGAAAAUACUUGAAUCCUCGUACCAGAUGGUGGGGAUAUUGCGAUAGUGAUAUCUUUGUCGGAGACUUCUCUCGAACCUUCCCUUACGACCUCGCUCUCGACGACACAUUCGACGUCCUCAUGCCCACCGAACCAUCCGAUAACGGGGGCGGCCGACUCAUCUUCAUGCGCGGCCACAUGACCUUCUUUCGCAACUCUGAAACGACAGAAGACCGCCUUCUCAGCUUUCCGCACUUCAAGUCGUUCGACACUUGGGACAACAUGCCCCUGCCCGGCCCAUCGAUGGGCGAAGCCGAGUACUCGCAUUUCGUCGUCGGUAAUCCGGAAAUCAACAUCUUAUCGUUCGACGCUAUGGCCCCUGCUCCUUUCGUCAGAUCAUUCUCUCCCGCCGGCAUCCUCACUCACCCCGACUCCCUCCGUCCAAAAAACAACAACCCCCCAACCCUGCCCCUUUCCACAAUCCGCCAUCUCUCCAGCGCUCUCCCCCUCAACGAACCCCCACCCCUCUCUUCCUUCACCGACAAAGCCAAGUCCUUCUCUAUCACCGUCAACCAAGGCUACACCCCUCCCGACUACAAAGUAUGGUUCAACUCGUCUUUCUGCAGCUGGUACUUUGCCAACGCCAUACCCGCCGAAGACAACCAUGCGCCGGCAGUGGUGGGAAAGCAAAAGUGGAAGCGGUAUCUUACAAAGAUAGGAGGCGUUUGGCGAGAGAUAUUGGAGCCUGAGAAUGAGUGGGACGGAAGUGUCGGUGGCGUAGAUGGCGGCGAGAGGAUCAGGGGGAGUUAUACGUGGCUCUAUGCCCAUUGGCAGGAGGACAAGAAAACGUCACAUUGGCGCGCUCUUCCCUCACAUCCUCCGCUACCCAACAUCCUUGUCUCCUACUUUUACGAUGGUCUAGCGGCAUUCGACGGCGACACAGGCGAGCGGAUAUUCUGGCUACCAAAGAAAGAAGAGUCGUGUGCGGUAGAUGGAUGUGUCAACAUUGGAUCUCCAUUACCUGGCUCGCGUCCCGAAAUGCUCGCAUGGCGCGAUGCUCGAAGCGAUUUUGUGCAGUGGUACGUUCAUUCAAAGCAAGUGCGUUUAGGGAUAGAGACCGGUACUGUCGGGCCUCAACCUAGUGAGUAG